AGGUAGGAGGAAGAAGGAACUUCAUGAAAAACUGCAGAAGUACUGUUUCUGUUCAUUUAUCAUUUCAUUUCGCGUUUGGUGAUAUGAUAUGAAAGACCGUGGAAAUUUAAUUUUUGGUUUAUAGUAGCAUAUUAGAACCUAAAAAUCGAAGUAGUAGUUAGUGUAAUUGAAGAGUGUUUGACUGUUAAUAGCAAUUGAAUUUAAUUAUGGCAGACACAACAGUCGAUGCUACCCGUCGAUUGAACGUCAAGAAACAAACAUUAGAUGAUGCCUAUGCGGCUCCUGCAAAUUUUCUAGAAAUCGACGUUAUUAAUCCCACAACUCAUGGGGUAGCAAAGAAGAGAUAUACGGAUUACGAAGUUCGAAUGAGGACAAAUCUCCCAGUUUUUAAAGUUAAGGAGUCAAGUGUAAGACGCAGAUACAGUGAUUUUGAAUGGUUACGAAACGAGUUAGAACGAGACAGCAAGAUUGUAGUUCCUAGUUUGCCUGGAAAAGCAUGGAAACGCCAGAUGCCCUUCAGAGGCGAUGAUGGUAUAUUUGAAGAAGACUUCAUCGAAGACAGACGGAAGGGAUUAGAACAAUUCAUCAACAAGAUCGCUGGCCACCCGCUCGCUCAGAACGAGAGAUGUCUCCACAUGUUCCUCCAGGAGCCAGUCAUUGAUAAGAAUUACGUCCCGGGCAAGAUCAGGAACACAUAAUGAAAUAGCUCGCCCCGCUCUUGGUUUGCUGCUGACAUAUCUUUUCAAAAUAUGUUGGUUUUGUUUCACAUUCAGCAAGCUAAGACAUACAAUAUUCUCUGUCAACAAUCGUGAAUGAUUAUAAGUUCUUUCCUUUGUUCGUGUGAACAAUAAUAAAGUAUAAAAUAUAUUUUUAUUAUGUUAAUAUUGUGAUUUAUAUCAGUGUUAUGCAAAGUGUCAUUGUUAAACAUAAUAUAUUAAGUUAUUAUAUGCAAAAGCAGAAGUUUGUAUGUAGCAUUAUGUAUUAAAUUAUAUUUUGUGUGUUUACAUAGCAAUAUUCCAUAAUUAGGUAUAUUAUUUUUAUAACCGUUUCGCAUGUUUGUUUUCAUCUUGUUUGUUUUAUUAUGAAUGUGUAACAUGCUCUAAACCCAUAGGUACAAUGCAUUGUAACAUUUUCCAUCAUUUUAAUGAAUUGGAAGAGGCAAAAACAGAAAUGUUUAUAAACAUUUGAUUUAUGACUUGUAAUUAAAUUAAUAUAUAUAUACAGUAAUUCUAUAAUAAACUUUCCAUACAGUAUA